AACAAAAAAAUGAAAAAGGAAAUAUUAAUGAAAUAAAAAAUAAAGAACACACACAAACAAAAAGGAACUCCGCAUGAGCUCAACUGUAAAUAACUCCACAAAUAGAUCUGGGAAAGAUCUCAAAAAGCAAACUUGUUUUGCCAAUAUUUGAUCUCAGUUCUGCAGUUAUAAGUUUUCAAGGGGUUGUAGGAGAAAAUCUUGCUAUUUGGAUUGAAAAGGUAAUAUAUUUAGACCAAUAACACUAGUUUUUACGUGAUGCCUAAAUAAGAUAAGCCAUGUCAAGGAGGCCAGGAAAUCCUGCUAGACGCUUAGGUGAUGGUGGAGGCAUCCCUUUUGUUGGAUCACAUUCAAAAUCUCGUUCGUCGCCUUUACUGUCUAUUUGCCUUGUGGUUGUGGGUGCAAUUCUUUUGAUUAUCUAUUGCUAUAGUGGGUCAGGUGGACAUAUCAGUGAAAGAGAAGCUUUCAGUAAAAUUGAAGGUGGUGGGUCAUGCACGCUAGAAGUUCAAAGAGCAAUACCUCUUCUGAAGAAAGCUUACGGUGAUAGCAUGCAUAAAGUAUUGCACCUAGGCCCUGACACAUGUUCUGUGGUAUCAAAGUUGUUGAAAGAAGAGGAAACAGAAGCCUGGGGAGUGGAACCAUAUGAUUUAGAUGAUGUGGAUGCCAGCUGCAAGAGUCUUGUGCGCAAAGGCCUUGUGCGUGUGGCUGAUAUCAAGUUUCCACUGCCUUACCGGGCAAAAUCAUUUUCUCUUGUUAUAGUUUCAGAUGCGUUGGAUUACUUGUCCCCAAGAUAUCUGAAUAAAACACUUCCUGAAUUGGCAAGGGUAUCUGCUGAUGGUGUUAUUAUUUUUUCUGGAUAUCCAGGUCAGCAUAAAGCAAAAGUUGCUGAACUAUCUAAGUUUGGUCGUCCAGCAAAGUUUCGUAGCUCAACAUGGUGGAUACGGUACUUUCUGCAUAAUAGCUUAGAAGAGAAUGAAGCUGCCUCGAAGAAGUUUGAGCAGGCUUCAGUUAAGAGAUCAUACAAGCCAGGAUGCCAAGUUUUCCAUCUUAAGUCGUAUCCUUGAGAUCUCCUCAUUGUAUAAUGUCUGUUUGCUCUUUCUGCAUCCUGGCGAAGCCAUGCCAACGAGCAACCUUAAGCACCCAUAGAGUAAAUUAUUUUGUGGAAAUUACACCGAUUUUAAUUCUAUAAUCAUAUGAUAGAUUUUCUGAUUAAUUAUUUACUGGGAAAGUGAGUUUAUGUGGAUUGGAUACUGCAAUUUAUUCAUAUGCCUUUGCGCGCCUUCUUCUUGUAGUUACUGUGAGAGUUCUGUUAUUCAGUCCCCUUGAAAAAUUUCAGAACUGAGCUAAAUUAUAUUCUUUUAAUUACAAUGUCAAAUUGUUGAUUUGUUCUA